GCCACCUCCUCCUUCUUAUCUGAUUGGCUACUGGCUCUAAACAUUAUCAUGUGACAAGGGGACCGACGGACAAGCAGGAAGAACAGCACCGGGUUGAGGAUGGCGGCGGUCCUCCUGUGUUUCCUCCUGGCCGGUCCAGUCCUCCUCGCUGCCUCCAGCCCAGUUUCUGGCUCCAACAACGGGACUGUUCCUCUGGUGCUGUGGCAUGGCAUGGGUGACAGCUGCUGCAACCCGCUGAGCAUGGGGGCCAUAAAGAAGAUGAUCGAGGAGGAGAUCCCUGGAAUCUACGUUCUGUCGCUGAUGAUCGGGAAGAACGUGGUGCAGGACACGGAGAACGGCUUCUUCAUGGACGUGAACCAGCAGGUGUCUCUGGUCUGCAGCCAGCUGGCUCAGGACGCCCGGCUGAAGGAGGGAUUCAACGCCAUGGGCUUCUCUCAGGGCGCCCAGUUCCUGAGAGCUGUGGCUCAGAGAUGUCCCUCCCCUCCCAUGAAAACUCUGAUCUCUGUGGGCGGCCAGCACCAAGGUGUGUACGGGCUGCCCAGGUGUCCCGGUGAGAGCUCCCACAUCUGCGAUCUGAUCCGUAAAGCUCUGAACAGCGGGGCGUACUCCGACAUGAUCCAGAAACACCUGGUCCAGGCCCAGUACUGGCACGACCCGCUCAACGACGACCUGUACAAGAAGCACAGCCUGUUUCUGGCCGACAUCAACCAGGAGAGGGCUGUUAACGAGACGUACAAGAAGAACCUUCAGCGGCUGGAGAAGUUUGUCAUGGUCAAGUUCCUGCAGGACUCUGUGGUGGACCCGGUGGUUUCUGAGUGGUUCGGCUUCCUGAAGACCGGCCAGGCCAAAGAGACGGAGACGCUGCAGGAGAGUCUUCUCUACAAGGAGGACCGGCUGGGCCUGGCAGCGAUGGACAAAGCUGGAAAGCUGGUUUUUCUGGCCUCUGAGGGCGACCACCUGCAGUUUACCAGAGAGUGGUUCGAUGCCAACCUGCUGCCUUUCUUACGCUAGAACACGUCUGCAUGGAUUAUUUCAACAUUGUACCUUUUCUUAGCUGCACUUGAUUUAAUGGAGGUUAUGGUAAAGUGGAGCAGAUGUGCAGACAGCACAUGAUUCCUUCCUUUUGCACUGAUCACUUCUUGUUCUGUGAUGCCGUAUUAAUAUGAUCAGGUUGUUAGCAUGUUAGCUUACUGCUGUACUACCACCACAGGUUGUUAGCAUGUUAGCUUACUGCUGUACUACCACCACAGGUUGUUAGCAUAUUAGCUUACUGCUGUACUACCACCACUGGGCUGUUCAUGUCAUUUUAAAUGUCACCUGCUCUGACCAGGUCAAACUGUUGGCACAAAUAUAGUUUUUUUUAAAGGUUUUAGAAUAAGAAAAGGCUUCUUCAGUUCUUCAGUGAACUGAAGAGGCCUUUUGGAUGAGAGGUGAAACGUCUUCAAGGAACUUUCUUAAAGUCCAGUGGAUUGAUUUAAACUACUUUGGAUAACCAUGACCUAGAUGAAUGAGAACCUACACAGAAACCUAAAAUAAAUAAUUUUACUGUAAAAUGAUGCUGCUGUACAUAUUAUGCAUUUCUCCCAAUAAAGACGCCAAGAAAAAGG